AUGGAGAUCUCCCUGGUGCCCCUGGAGAACGGCAGUGCCAUGACACUCAGAGGAGGAGGGGAGGCGGGGGCAAGUUGUGCGCAGACCCCCAGGGGAGAGUGUGGGUUCCCUCCGACGGCUGGGCUCAGUAAGCAGUCCAAAGAACCCUCACAGAGGGGGCGCGCCACGCAAGGGGAUGAGGACCAAGGGGGGAGGCCUUUGCCCUCUCUGCCUCGGAAGCUGCCACAGCCUAGAGAUCCAUCUGCCAAGGAUGAGGAGGAAGAAGGCGACCCUGACCUGGGCACAAUGGAGGAGGACCAGGCUCCACAGGGCGCAGGGUCGCUCCAUCACCAGCGCGUCCUCAUAAACAUCUCCGGGCUGCGCUUCGAGACGCAGCUGGGCACCCUGGCGCAGUUUCCCAAUACCCUCCUGGGGGACCCAGCCAAGCGCCUGCGCUACUUCGACCCCCUGAGAAAUGAGUACUUCUUCGAUCGCAAUCGGCCCAGCUUCGAUGGCAUCCUCUACUACUACCAGUCUGGGGGUCGCCUGCGUAGGCCGGUCAACGUCUCCCUGGAUGUGUUUGCAGAUGAGAUCCGUUUCUACCAGCUGGGGGACGAGGCCAUGGAGCGCUUUCGGGAGGAUGAGGGCUUCAUCAAAGAAGAGGAGAAGCCCCUUCCCCGCAACGAGUUCCAGCGCCAGGUGUGGCUAAUCUUCGAAUACCCAGAAAGCUCCGGGUCCGCAAGAGCCAUCGCCAUCGUGUCGGUCUUGGUCAUUCUUAUCUCUAUCAUCACCUUCUGCUUGGAGACUCUGCCCGAGUUCAGGGAUGAACGAGAGCUGCUCCGCCACCCGCCAGUGCAGCCCCAGCCCCCAGUCCGCGCCCCAGGGGCCAAUGGCAGCGGGGCCGGCGCCCCUUCCUCUGGCCCCACAGUGGCACCACUCCUGCCUAGGACCUUGGCUGACCCAUUCUUCAUUGUGGAGACUACAUGUGUGAUCUGGUUUACUUUUGAGUUGCUUGUGCGCUUCUUUGCCUGCCCUAGCAAGGCAGAGUUCUCUAGGAAUAUCAUGAACAUCAUUGAUAUUGUGGCCAUCUUCCCCUACUUUAUCACCCUGGGCACAGAGCUGGCAGAGCAACAGCCAGGUGGUCAGAACGGGCAGCAGGCCAUGUCCCUAGCCAUCCUCAGGGUGAUCCGCCUGGUCCGGGUGUUCCGCAUCUUCAAGCUCUCCCGGCAUUCCAAGGGGCUGCAGAUCCUGGGUAAGACUUUGCAGGCGUCCAUGAGAGAGCUGGGGCUGCUCAUCUUCUUCCUCUUCAUCGGAGUCAUCCUCUUCUCCAGCGCUGUCUACUUCGCAGAGGCGGACAACCAGGGGUCCCAUUUCUCCAGUAUCCCAGAUGCCUUCUGGUGGGCAGUAGUCACCAUGACCACUGUAGGCUACGGGGACAUGAGGCCCAUCACGGUGGGAGGCAAGAUUGUGGGCUCACUAUGCGCCAUCGCUGGGGUCCUCACCAUUGCCCUGCCUGUACCUGUCAUUGUCUCCAAUUUUAAUUACUUCUAUCAUCGGGAGACUGACCAUGAGGAGCAGGCUGCCUUGAAGGAGGAGCAAGGCAACCAGAGGCGUGAGUCUGGGCUGGACACAGGGGGUCAGCGGAAGGUCAGCAGCAGCAAGGCCUCCUUCUGCAAGACUGGGGGUUCCCUGGAGAAUUCUGACAGUAUCAGAAGGGGCAGCUGCCCUCUGGAAAAGUGUCACCUCAAGGCCAAGAGCAACGUGGACUUGCGAAGGUCCCUAUAUGCCCUCUGUCUGGACAGUAGCCGGGAAACAGAUUUAUAA